AUGAUAGAUAAAGAGCGAGCCCCAGAAUCUGUGCCUCUGUGCGAGCAGUGGGAAGCAGAUCUUGUCAUCUCCCUCUUCUCUAUACUGUCCCACGAGGUAGCUGUAUCUCUUCUCCGAGAUACACAGGAGCAGAAUGAGAGCCUCCUACACACCCUCUGCAGUGGCUUCUACCUCAGUGUGAAGAAAACAUUCUGCUGGUUUCAGAUAUUGGUGAAAGCACCCUGGCAAGUUAUGCCUCAGUCAUGGCACUGCUGGCUAACUAUGCUACCCUUCAGCUGCUCCUGGAAGCUACAGCUGACAAAUGCCUCCAAGAGAACUCUCUCCACAGAGAUGAGGUUAGGGUUGCAGCUGGAUGACUCAAAUGCCUUCCUGAUCAUUGACUAG